AUGGCACUGGUUAACGAAAUCAUGGGCUCUUCCUUGAUGGAGAAAUCUCAAUUUCUUGGCUCAUCAAAUUUUCUUGUAAAUCGAAAGCACAACCAGUUCUGUUCUAAUACGGUUCUGGUUCCUGCCCAGAGAAAGAGAAUUCAAGUGAAAAGAGCAUCAAGAGUUCCUAAUCUUGUGGCAGCAAUAAGUGAGAAUUUGGAUUUGGUAAAAGUGAUGCCUGAAAAAGCAGUGAAAUUCAAGGUCAGAGCAGUUGUUACUGUAAGAAACAAGCACAAGGAAGAUUUGAAGGAGACUAUAGCCAAGCAUUUGGAUGCUUUGACUGACAAAAUUGGGAGAAAUGUCGUGUUAGAACUUGUUAGCACAGAUAUUGAUCCAAAAACCAAGGGUCCGAAGAAAAGUAAUCAAGCUGUGUUGAAGGACUGGUCCGAAAAAUCAAACCUUAAAGCCGAAAGAGUUAAUUACAUUGCAGACUUUGUCGUGGAUUCAAAUUUUGGGAUUCCAGGGGCAAUCACGGUGAUUAAUAAGCACCGGCAAGAGUUUUUACUGGAGAGUAUUACCGUUGAAGGUUUUGCAUGCGGUCCAGUUCAUUUUUCCUGCAAUUCAUGGGUUCAGUCCAGGAAAGACCAUCCUGGAAAGAGAAUAUUCUUCUCUAAUCAGCCAUAUCUUCCCAAUGAAACACCAGAAGGGUUGAAAGCACUAAGAGAAAGGGAGCUUAGAGAUCUCAGAGGUGAUGGCCUAGGAGAACGGAAGUUGUCUGAUAGAAUAUAUGACUUCGACAUCUAUAACGAUCUGGGUAAUCCUGACAAGGGAAUUGAUUUUGUUCGACUGACACUUGGAGGUGAAAAAAUCCCGUAUCCUAGACGAUGUCGCACUGGACGCCCUCCCACUGACACUGAUAUGAAUGCUGAGAGCAGAGUGGAGAAGCCAUUGCCAAUGUAUGUGCCAAGAGACGAGCGAUUUGAGGAGUCUAAAAUGAAUUCUUUCUCAACUGGGAGAUUGAAGGGUGUGCUUCACAACCUAAUACCAUCGAUAAUGGCCAGCAUCUCAGCUACUAACCAUGAUUUCAAGGGGUUUUCUGAUAUUGAUAGCCUUUACAGUGAAGGCCUACUUCUGAAACUAGGACUUCAGGAUGAACUCUUGAAGAAGAUCCAAUUGCCUAAAGCUGUCAGCAAAAUACAAGAAGGCGGUCUACUCAAAUAUGACAUUCCAAAAAUUAUCUCAAAGGACAAAUUUGCAUGGUUGAGAGACGAUGAAUUUGGCCGCCAAGCAAUAGCAGGUAUUAAUCCCGUGGGCGUAGAAAGGCUGCAUAAUUUUCCACCAGUCAGCAAGCUUGACCCUGAAAUCUAUGGACGACAAGAAUCUGCUCUCAAAGAAGAACACAUUGUCGGCAAUCUCAAUGGGAUGACUGUGCAAGAGGCUUUGGAGGCUAACAAGCUAUUUAUCAUUGAUUACCACGACAUUUACCUACCAUUUCUUGAUGGCAUUAAUGCACUUGAUGGCCGUAAAGCAUAUGCCACACGAACCAUAUUUUUCUUGACCGAUUCGGGCACUUUGAAACCCAUUGCCAUAGAGCUAAGCCUCCCACAAACAGCUCCAAGUUCUCGUUCAAAGCGGGUGGUGACCCCGCCAGUAGAUGCCACCACUGAUUGGAUGUGGAAGCUGGCUAAGGCCCAUGUUUCUGCUAACGAUGCCGGUGUCCAUCAACUUGUCAACCAUUGGUUACGCACACAUGCAACAAUGGAACCAUUUAUAUUGGCAGCGCAUAGGCAAUUGAGUGCAAUGCAUCCCAUAUUUAAGCUUUUGGAUCCCCACAUGAGAUACACAUUGGAGAUCAAUGCAUUGGCUCGACAGAGCUUGAUUUGUGCAGAUGGUGUAAUUGAAUCUUGCUUCACUCCUGGACGUUAUGGCAUGGAAAUCAGUGCUGCUGCCUACAAGAAUUUCUGGCGCUUCGAUUUGGAAGGCCUCCCAGCCGAUCUCAUUAGAAGAGGAAUGGCAGUGCCAGACCCGACACAACCACAUGGCCUAAAACUACUAAUUGAGGACUAUCCCUAUGCAACAGAUGGGCUAAUGAUAUGGUCUGCAAUUGAGAAUUGGGUCCGUUCUUAUGUCAAUCAUUACUACCCAGACUCGAGCCUGGUCUGUAAUGACAAGGAGCUCCAAGCUUGGUAUGCUGAGUCCAUCAAUGUGGGCCAUGCCGAUCUCCGUCAUGCAGAAUGGUGGCCCACACUGGCCACACCGGAGGACCUCACAUCAAUUCUUACUACCAUUAUCUGGCUAGCAUCUGCACAACAUGCAGCUCUAAACUUCGGCCAGUACCCCUAUGGUGGCUAUGUCCCUAACAGGCCACCACUGAUGCGUCGAUUAAUUCCAGAUGAAAAUGAUCCUGAGUUCGCCAUAUUCCAUGCGGAUCCACAAAAAUACUUCUUCUCAGCUCUACCGAGUUUGUUACAAGCAACAAAGUUCAUGGCCGUGGUUGACACAUUAUCAACCCACUCACCCGAUGAGGAGUACCUAGGGGAGAGACAUCACCAAUCCAUUUGGUCCGGUGAUGCUGAGGUCAUCGAAUCCUUCCACGAGUUCUCGGCUGAAAUUAGAAGGAUAGAAAAGGAAAUUGAGCAAAGAAACAAGGAUUCGAAGCUAAGAAAUAGAUGUGGUGGUGGGGUGCUACCAUAUGAGCUUCUUGCACCCAGUUCUGGUCCCGGUGUAACGUGUAGAGGUAUUCCUAAUAGUGUGUCGAUAUGA